ACACAGAUACACAGACACACACCACCUGCUGUGGGCCAUGGCCAAGGUACGGGAGACACAGAUACAGACACACACCACCUGCUGUGGGCCAUGGCCAAGGUACGGGAGACACAGAUACACAGACACACAGAUACACAGACACACACCACCUGCUGUGGGCCAUGGCCAAGGUACGGGAGACACAGAUACACAGACACACAGAUACACAGACACACACCACCUGCUGUGGGCCAUGGCCAAGGUACGGGAGACACAGAUACAGACACACACCACCUGCUGUGGGCCAUGGCCAAGGUACGGGAGACACAGAUACACAGACACACACCACCUGCUGUGGGCCAUGGCCAAGGUACGGGAGACACAGAUACACAGACACACACCACCUGCUGUGGGCCAUGGCCAAGGUACGGGAGACACAGAUACAGACACACACCACCUGCUGUGGGCCAUGGCCAAGGUACGGGAGACACAGAUACACAGACACACACCACCUGCUGUGGGCCAUGGCCAAGGUACGGGAGACACAGAUACAGACACACACCACCUGCUGUGGGCCAUGGCCAAGGUACGGGAGACACAGAUACAGACACACACCACCUGCUGUGGGCCAUGGCCAAGGUACGGGAGACACAGAUACAGACACACACCACCUGCUGUGGGCCAUGGCCAAGGUACGGGAGACACAGAUACACAGACACACACCACCUGCUGUGGGCCAUGGCCAAGGUACGGGAGACACAGAUACACAGACACACACCACCUGCUGUGGGCCAUGGCCAAGGUACGGACAGUGACACACAAACAGGGAGACCGAGAGAUACAUGAUACUCUCAGCAAUCCACUAUGCAACUUUCAUAAUGAUUUAUUUGUUUAAAAAAAUAUUUAUAUGAAAAUACUUUUGAUAAACACCCUUUGCCUUUUCACACCAACUCCUUCCUAACUGACCUGACCUCGGCCCGCUCUGUUUGUCCAUGUGUGGGCCCCUUACCUCCGCCCUGUUUGUCCCUCCCAGGCCCCCGUACCGUAGCAAAGAUGGUGGAUAAAUGAAGAUGUCUUACUCAGGCCGUUUACCAUAGGAAAGAAUUGUCACAGUCCCGGUCUGGUCCGCUUAGUCCAUUGACUGUAGAUGAGCCAGUGAAACGUCUUCUGUCUCUC